AAUUAAAAUAGAGUGCCAAACGAGACGCAGCCCGACCAAGGGCAAUAUCGUAAACGUACUCUAGUUUUUCUCCGGUAUACAGAACCGGGCUUUCAUAAACCUUUAUGCACUUUGGGGUUUUUCUUGUAUCGGCUACUAAGAGCUGCAAAAGAGAAGAAGUGACACAAAAAUGGUGAGGUUAACGGCGGACCUGAUUUGGAAAAGCCCUCACUUCUUCAAUGCCAUUCGCGAACGCGAGUUAGAUCUUCGAGGCAAUAAGAUUCCGGUCAUUGAGAACUUAGGUGCUACCGAGGAUCAGUUUGACACGAUUGAUUUAUCUGAUAAUGAGAUUGUUAAACUCGAGAAUUUUCCAUACCUGAAUCGACUCGGAACUUUACUAAUGAACAACAAUAGAAUUACGCGUAUCAACCCUAACAUUGGAGAGUUUCUGCCAAAAUUGCAUACUUUGAUUAUUACUAGCAACAGACUUACGAAUUUGGUUGAAAUUGACCCGCUUGCGUCUCUCCCAAAGCUGAAGUUUCUUAGUCUUCUUGAGAACAAUAUCACAAAGAGACCAAAUUAUCGCCUUUAUGUCAUUCACAAGUUGAAGUCCUUGCGUUUGCUGGAUUUCAGGAAAGUCAAACAAAAGGAGAGAUUGGAAGCAAGUAAAUUAUUUGCAUCACAAGAAGCUGAAGAGCAGGUCAAAAAGGAAUCAGUGAAGACUGUACCUGUUGAGGUUGCGGUGCCUGCUGAGGAACCAAAGGAAGCUCAAGCAUCUAAGCCAGUUGCUCCAACACCUGAGCAAAUAAUAGCAAUUAAGGCUGCCAUUGUGAAUUCCCAAACUCUUGAGGAGGUGGCUAGACUUGAACAGGCAUUGAAGUCGGGCCUGCUUCCUGCAGAUUUAAAUAUUGGUGAUCAUGAUGUUUCUGCUAAAAAAGAAGAUGCCAAAGAAGACAAGAUGGUAACAGAUAGCGAUGAUAAAGCUAACAAGGCGGAGGAAAAUGUACCUGAACAGAAACCUGAUGGUCCUACAGAUAUGGAGCAGGAGUAGACACCUUGGGUUAUCAUGUGUAAUUGAGUUAGACAUUCAAAAGCCAGUACAUUCAGUCAUGCACUGUUAUCCGUGUAUGAGGAGCGCUUCUUUUUGAAGUGAGGGGAUUAGUUAAUCGAUGUAACUGAAGCCAUUGUAUUCUGCUGUGUACUAAGACCUUUUCUUGCAUUUUGAUUCUAAAAGACUAAGUAGCUGCCAAGUUUAGCAAAUCGUAGCUUGAAAGCAUCAGGUGACAAGCUGAAUUAGUGUGUCAAAAGUUGUAUUAAACAAAAAAAAAAGUUUGGUAAGCCUUGUCUUUUUA